AUGACUAGCGACGACGACCACCACCACCACGGCAAAAUCCGGACCACAUUCGCAAUUAUACCGCGCUCCUUCUUCCAGACCAUGAGUAAAUACGUGCGCCAAGAUAAAUCAGUGCGCAAGCACCCCGUGCCGUCCAGCGCAACAUCUCUUCUUCGAGCCCCCGACGUGCCGGCAGCACCAAAAGAAAGACCAGGUUGGAAGGGACCAGGAUUCGUGAAGAAGGCCCCGAAAAAGUCUACCAGAGCUGUACAGGCAGUUACCAGAGCAGAGAAUAUUCAAGAACAGCAUCUUGACCCUGCGCUGCAGCAAUCGCUACUGAAUGUCUUUCGAGCGGCUCUGCCGGUUUGCGAAGACUAUGACGCGCUCAAGCCGACGUUGGAAGCGAUCCGAGUUUCGGUAUCUCAGGGAGAUUUUCAAAUAGCAUUCUCAAAAUUAGAUUGGCUAGAAGUCUAUGCGGUUCGAUGGAGUCCCAACCGAGCACUUUGUGUGGCCACUGUCCUUGUAGAGCUUUGCAAAGAGUUCGGAGAUGAAGAAGUCUGUUUCAAAAGUCUUCUGAGAGCCCGCGACCAGCAUGACACGAAAGGCAUCGCCUCUAAUAUAGGCAGUGCCGAAGAACCAUUUCUGAAUGCUGUAUGUUUUGGGGGAGGGGCCGCUGAGAUUAUGGCCUUUGCGGCACUUUCUCGUCACAUUCUGCCUCAAGCAGCAGCUAGCAAGCCAAAGACUCCAGAUCUAGCAGCUGAUACAGGACUCGCAACAUCCGAACUGGCUACGCCAGCGAUCGAACUCCGACUAUGUGACCAAGCAGAUUGGACACAUGUCAUAUCAUCUCUCAAAACAGGGCUGAACACCCCGCCAGUUCUGUCGAAAUACGCUAGUCAGGCUGCCAGAGAUAAGAACUCCUCCUUCGUUCCUCCAGGAGCUCUACGUACAACCUUUACGCAGAGAGACAUACUCCAACUGACCCAGGAAGAGAUCAGAGCCCUCGUCGGCUCAAAACCAACACUGAUCACGAUUUUCUUCACCCUUAACGAUCUCCACAUCGUCUCCAAGGCCAAGACGGCCAGCUUUCUGAUGAAAUUAGGUCUCGAAGCGCACAGGGAUAGCCUCCUGCUGAUAAUUGACAACUCCAUGGAAGCCGAGAAGGUCGGUGACCAACACGGCAAGAAGUGGUCAACGUUUAAAAACCUUUUGGACCUAGUCAUCAUGGAUAAGAAAGUGUCGUUGUGGGAAGAGCUAGUGAGAGACAGCAACAGAGCUUUUAAGCUGGAAAGGGGACUCAAAUUCCCGAUUAGUUUGGAGAAUCAGAAAAUCCAACUGCACCUGUUUAAAUCGUUGCCGAGGUAG